AUGAGCCAGAAAUCAGCAUCUGUCAAGGAAGCCAUGAAGAGCAGCAAUAAACCUGUUGAUGGUGAUGGAAAAAUAUAUGCUGAGGUACCAAAGCUUAAAACGGCACCUGGUUUAUUAUCAACCAUUGGUGUAAGCGGAGUGUUGGGUGCGGCAGUGGGAGUGGCAUCACGUCGACUCACAUCGGACGCACUUUACGGAGCUGGUCUCGCAGUUAUUGGGCUGCAGAGUUUAAGCUACAUGGGAUAUAUUCAGAUCAACUGGAAAAGAGUUGAGCAAGAUAUUACGAAUGUAGUGGAUCAGAACGGUGAUGGCAAAAUUGAUCAGAAAGAUUUGAAUAUAAUCCUGAAACGCUUCAUUAAGUUUGCCGGAAGCGGUUUAAGUGAUAUUGCUGCAUUCACAGCGGGAUUCUUUUUGGGGGCCAAAUUUAUUGUAUGA